UUCCACUGUACCACAUUUCAAAUGUUUAUUCCACAAAAACACUAAAAGAUAAAAUAAAUUUCAUUAUGACACAAUAAAGGGUUUACAAAAUAGAUUUCUUUCACUGUGUUUUAAAAAUGAUGAAUUCAAGGUGCUGGCCAUCAUUGGUGUUUCACUCAUCGAGACGAUUUCUGAACACUAGCAUGACUCGUUCUGCUAUUUCAAGGGGAAUAGCGGUGAUUUCAUAGUGAGUAGCGGCCUUGAGGGCUUCAAGGUUUUGAGGUCGGUGUGUGUAUACCUUUAUGAGGUAUUGAGAGAGCCCUACAAAAAGAAAUCUCACGGAGCGAGAGCAGGCGAACGUGAAGAUCACCCGACAUCGCCGUGCAGGGAGGUCAGCUUCCCCGGUAACAUCGCCCGCAAAACUUUCUUUAAAAUAUUUUUUUUUUUUUUUUUUCAUUUCUCUGAAAUUGGAUGUGACAGAGCAAUUGUGAUUUGGAUCCAGCGCCCUCAAAUAUUUAAAGAAUGCCUAAAAUUUGUAACUGAAGCACAUUUUAUUCAUGUCUUAAUUUAUUUGCAGUCGUAUUUAGUGUUUUACGGUUAAAAUUAAUUUAGACCACUUUGACGAGAUCUGAUUUCACUAUGGCACUGAAGAUUCUCUUUUUCCUGUCAAAAAAAUAUCCACUUAGACUGGGAUUUAAUGUUAUAUAAAUAAAAAAUGUGAAACCUCCAAGGAGUGAAGACUUUUUACAGGCACAGUAUGUAUAGUGGGGUCUCCUGAUCAGAUUGGCAGAAGUCCUAAUCAUCCAUAUGUUGGAAUUAAACAAAAUGUUUGCACUCCCUGCUAAAAAUUGGAAGCUUUUUAUAGAUUUAUGUUUCUCAAGAACUAGUAUUCCAUCCAUUUAUUGAAUCUGCUUCAUAUAAUGUUAGGGUUAUGAAAGCCAGGAUCUUUUGUGGCAACAGUAAGCAAAGGCAGGAUGAAGAUGAAGAUCAGAGUCCCUAAAGAAAAAAAUGACAGGAAUUUGAGGAGAAAAUGCCCACUCUGUAUAGUGUCCCGGAACACCUAUUAUACCACUUCAUUGGUAACUCCAGUCUGACAAGAAUGAGUGAAUUAGGUGGCACUCUGUGAUGGACUGGCACUCCCACUAGCACUGAUUCCUGCAUUUCAGCUGGUCCUGCUAAGAUGUUCUUUUCUUCCUUUCUGCAGUCCUGUAUUUGACUAAAAAAGAUGAAAAAAUGGAGAGAACACAUAUUUGUAAUAAACUGUUGAAUUUAAGUUAUUUAUGUGCUUACUUUCACAGGAAAGGAUUGUCAUCUCAAGAUGGCUCACCUUUGGAGAUGGCCGCCCUGGGCCGACCUUUCCAGGUGGGGAUGCUCUAUGACUGUCGCACUGAUUCGCUCAUUCCAGAUGUCACUCUAUGGGACUUGGAAAACCUCAAGAAAGAGCUCAAAAUUAAACCCCAGAAGAACACGCAGGUCGACAUCAUCACUUUGGACUCCUUGGAUGAGAAAACUUCCAUCUUAAAUAUGUCAACCUCCCUUAAAGCGAGCUUCUUGUGUGGCUUGAUUGAGGUUGAUGGAGCUGCCAAGUACCUCAAUGACACCAAAUCAUCCAAACGACAGUCCAGAGUCACCCUGCACUACAGGACGACCACCAGAAUGGAGCAGCUCAGCAUGAGCCACUUAGGGAGGCAGAACAUCAUCUAUCCAGAAGUGUUUGAGCAGAAAUCAGCCACCCAUGUUGUCACAGGCGUGUUGUAUGGCGCUCAGACAUUUUUUGUUUUUGAUCAAUGGGACUCUAAAGAGAAAGGAAAGUUAGAAGCAUUAAUAAAAAAUUUUUUUUCUAUAGAUGGAAAAAGAGACCUAAAAAUGACAGAUGCUGACAAGGAAAUCGCUGACCAUCUUAACUUCACAUUCUAUAGUGAUUUUCUCUUUGAUCACAAUCUUACAAGCUUUCAGGACGCCAUGCAGAUUUACAACAAAUUGCCAAAGCAUAUUGACGAAGAUGAGAAGCUAGCUGUGCCCGUCCAGGUCUGGUUGCACCCACUGAAACAUCUUGACUCACAGGCUGCUCAGCUGGUACAAGAGAUCAGUUUGGCACUUGUGUCCAAAUCUCAGGAGAUCCUGGAGGAAUUAGACGAGCACAUCAUGAGGUGUAAUGACAUCAUGAAGGACAGUGUUGUCAAUAACUUUCCUAUAAUUAGGAAAAAUGCAAAUGAAUGUAAAUCAAUGCUUAAUCAAUAUAAAUAUACCUUCCAAAAAGAACUGGCAAGUAUCUUGCUAAAUUUCAGGGGGGGUAAUGCCAGUGAAGAAGAGCUGGGCAACAUUCUGAAGAAGAAGGAAAAGUCGCCAUUUAAGAAGUGUGUCAUAACAACACUGCUGGAUAAAAGACAAAAGGAAAUCACUAUGCUCAGAAGUUUCUUUAAUCAAAUUAAAGAAAUGAAAUUUGAUAUUGUUAUAAAUGACCUGGAUACAUUAAUUUACAAUACUAGUAUUAAAAAUAUUGUCUGCUUGACUUUCACUUCAUUCCAUGUGUGUCAGUCAUACAUGUCAGAAAUGGAACGCUAUCUUCAAGCUCCUUCAAGGAAGUCCUCAUAUCAUCUGUCAGAGCCAAGUGAAGAGUUAAUCAUCCAGAAUUUCAGACAGCAUUCUCAGAGUUUCAUUGAGUUUGCUGAAAUUAACCAAAGUAGCAAGACAACGAGAUUUUUUGUCCACUCCAUCCCUGAUGUUGAAUAUCUUGGGGCAACAAUCUAUUUGUAUAAACGUGGACGUCUCAUCAACCACAACUUUCAGCUUCCAUCAAAACCUGAGACUCUUGAGGUUGACUCCCAAACAGAAGACAGUGUAACCCUAAAGUUAAGACCACAAAAGAGUGACUUAGAAGGGUACAGAGUGGAGUAUAAGCGACUAGAAGAUGAAGAGUGGAAGACUGUGAACACGACUGAUAAAAGUGUAAAAUUUACCAUCAGAAAGUUAUGUCCAGCAUCAACAUAUCAACUCAGACACAGAGCCGUUUGUCAAGUUGGUGUGAGUCAGGCCAGUGAUACGAUUGAAGUGAGGACACUGCCCGUUAAAAACCCUUUGGGAAUACAUGCUAUAAAAGGAAACUGUAAGGAGAUAAAAGAUGGAAAAUUAAGUCUUUAUCUUUUGCAUUUUAAAUCACAGUUCAUAAAUACUGUGAAGAAGAUAGAAACAUGCUCCUUUGGAAACAGAACAUCCAUAAAACCUUCAAAAACAAUUAUCUUCCUUGGAGCAACAGGUUCUGGCAAAUCCACUCUGAUCAAUGGUAUGGUCAACUAUAUCUUAGGUGUCCAGUGGGAGGAUGACUUUAGGUUCAAGUUCAUCCAUGAAGAAACAUCUAGAAGUCAAGCUGAAAGCCAAACAUCUUUUGUCACUGCCUAUGAAAUGAACUACCAGGAUUAUUUCAAGGUCCCAUACUCCUUCACUAUAGUCGACACACCAGGUUUUGGAGACACCAGAGGAAUUGAUUGGGACAAACAAAUCACUGAGCAGAUACAAGAAUGCUUUUCAUCUCCACAGGGGGUCCAGCACAUUAACGCAGUGUGCUUUGUAGUUCAGGCCUCCCAAGCUCGACUGACACACACACAGAAGUACAUAUUUGACUCAAUUUUGUCCAUUUUUGGUAAAGACAUAAUCAACAACAUUCUGGUCCUGAUCACAUUUGCAGAUGCACAGCGUCCACCAGUUCUCGAUGCCAUCACGGAAUCUAACAUACCGUUCCCCAAAGAUGAGGAAGGGAGCCCUUUAUUUUUCAAAUUUAAUAAUUCGGCCCUUUUUGCUAAUGAUGAUGAGACUAAUAGCAAUGAUGGCCUGAUGUUUGACAAAAUGUUUUGGGACAUGGGUGCAAAGAGCAUGGAGGGUUUUUUUAAAGCUUUAGAGAAGAUGGAUGCUAACAGUUUAGCACUAACUAAAGAGCUGCUUAAAGAGCGUAAGCGCUUGGAGACGGUAGUGGAACAACUGCAUCCUCAAAUUAGUACUGUACUGAGUAAACGUGAAGAAAUUAGACAAACCCGUGACAUUUUAAAUAAGCACAUUACUGAUAUAGACAGAAACAAGGAUUAUGAGCAUGAAGUGGAUGUAACUGAGAUAAAAAUAGAGAGCAUUGCAGGCACCAGCGAGUUCAUCACUAACUGCCAGAAAUGCAACUUCACCUGUCAUUAUCCGUGUUCUUUAUCAAAUGAUGAGGAUAAGAUUAGAUGUUCUGUUAUGAAGGACGGAGUCUGCACUAUUUGUCCCGGUAAGUGUGAGUGGAAUAUUCACUCCAACCAACAGCACAGAUUCAUCUAUGAAACUAAAAAAGUCAAAAAGACUUAUGAUGAACUUAAGAAGAAACAUGAAGAAGCACAAGGGGAAUUCAUAACAACUGAGCAACGGUUUGAGCAGCUUUGGCAUGAACAGGAGACCUUGAUAAACUUCAUUAACAAGUGUAUUAAGGAAAGUCAAGAUUGUAUAAAACGAAUUAAUGAAAUCGCCCUCAGACCAAACCCACUCUCUUCUCCAGAGUACAUUGAGCUACUCAUUCAGACUGAAAAACGAGAGUCAAAGCCAGGAUGGAUGGAGCGAGUGAAGUCACUAGAGGAAGUGAAGGAAAAGGCAGAAAUAAUAGCUCAUCUCAGUGAUAAACUCUCACCAAGUAACCAGAAGAAGUGUGAUGAUCAAGAUGAAAGGAAGAAAGACUCCGGAAACAAUUCUGAUUGGUUUAGCACAACAUGUCAGGGAGUAGAAGGUAAAGCAAAUGUCGAAAAGAAAAGUCAAAAGAGAAAAUCGUCAGAGACGACGUGCCCACAGAAUAUCAAAGUUACAAAGCAGAGCUUUUGAAAAAUUAAGCUGAAUAGUGAAUGAGUGUAUUUGUGACCUUUGUAUCUGCACAACUGACAACAUCUGUUAGAGAAUAUGAUUUCAUUAUGAAGCAAUCAAGAAUGUUAAAGUGUGUUGUAUUUAUCUUUCUUUUUAUUCUAAUUACUUUGUUAAAAGCAUUUUUGGAAGAAAAGCACAGCUCUGGAGUGUAACUUUGACUAUUUUUAUUUUACCGUAACUUUUGAUUUCUAUAAAAAUACAGUAACUCAUCUAACCACAAAAGGAGGAAAUGUUAGUAGAGACAGUAGAUCACAAAUUAAAUUAGCAAAAAUGAAAGUUGUCACCAUAAAAAGGCAGUCUAGCAGGAUGAAACUGAAGGACAAAGUGGGCAUUGCCCUUUCGCCUAGGCAUUUAGUGGCACAAAGGCCUGUUUGGGUAGCAGAUUUAAUUUAGAAAUUCAGUUCUACUUCCCAACCUGCAUUCCUAAGUGAAUGGCUGAACGGCAGCUCGUACCAACACUUUGGUCAGCUCUGUUCUAUGUCUGACAAGAAAAUGGUGUAAAUCAGCGCUGAGCGGGCACCUCGUAGAAACUCCUUCACACAAAAAGGUACCCAAAAUGACAUUCAUUUUAAGCUGAACUGUGACUUGAUAUGAUGGACAAAAUAAAACGCCUAUAAGGAGAGACUGGAGAUGUGUAACAGGAAGGGACCUUGAUCCAACCACCAGAGGUUUCAGUUUCCUUCAAAGCUAGCUACAUGAAUCUCAUCUGUCUCUUUUGGGGGGAGCUAAAGACUCAAAAUACACUCUUUAUUGGAGACCUGAAAGCUGAUGAGCUGCCAUUUUUAGGGGAGCUGUAACGGUUUAGCUAUUAUCCAUAAAGCCUUGGAGCUUGGAUGAGUUGAAUGAGCUCCAAGAUCAACUCUGCAAAGCCAAAUUCUGGGUAAGAGACUGAACUCAGUCUGAGAAGACUGAUAAGCAGUCAUAACUUUAAGAAGGAGCUUCAGUGCCUACACUCUUCUGCCAGAAAGGACCUAAUAACAAGCUGAGAAAGGCAGCAUCACACCACAACUCGGACAAAGGACCAUGUAGUCUUCAUGCUUCACAAGAUGAGAUUAGUUGGAGUUGGUAUCAAGGACAGGUGAGACACCUGCCUUCAUUUUAUCUUCUCAGGGAGCUGCAUGGUGCCUUAAUCAGGUGGUGGUGGUGGUGGUGGCACUGGUUGUCACCACAGAAGAACCAGAAAAAACAAUAGAGAAAAUUGGAGAUUAGUGGAGAUUGUGGAUACCUGAGGAAUAUGAUAAUUCUGUGCCCAUAUAGUCUAUUAGGAAUACAACUAAUAUGUAGCUAAAAAAGCCAUUUUAAAAUUGGAAGUUUUUAGCACUAUUUUUUAAAAUGUUUCACAGAAUUGGCUGGGGAAUUUCUAUAGGUAAAGUAUUCCAGAUUUUAGUUGAAUCACAGCAGAAGGCCACCUCAAAACCUCUUGUAAGCUUAACUCUUGGAAUUAUAAGCAGUCCACCAUGUGAAAGAAUGCAUCGUGGUAAUCUGGUUAAUGUGUGACUUAAAGCUUAGGUCAUGUUAACCCCUAAAGUCUUUACUUCCAACUUAAUUUUAAAACAAAUAAAUAAAGUUUAUUUCCAUUAUCCUCACUAUAGCCAUGUUUUCCAAUCA